AUGCCUUUAUUUUUCUGCUCUUCACUGUUGUCAAGAAACUCAAGGUGUAUCUUAAAUAAUCAUGUCCGAAUAUUUUUCAAUAGUAGAAGUCGGUUCGUUUGCGUCCGUCAACAACCUCUACUAUUUAAAACGAUACCUUCUAAGAGUUUAAGUCAGGUUUGCUGCAGAUCUUGGUCUUCUUAUGCAGUUAGAAGAUUCCAUACAAGUCAGUCAAGAUCUGCCGCUCCACUUGCAGCUCUUCUUGUCAAACUGGCCGGUCCUCUUUCAAAAUUGACCAAACUUGUUGCUGUCGUCGGAGGAAGGUAAACAAACAUGCAUGUAAAAGAUAGUUGUAUAAUUAACACUUAUUACUUAGUAUUAAUAUAGUGAAUACUUUAUCGAUUAAUUUAAUGAUUAACAAUGUUUGUUUUGUUUUAAGGUAAUAACGUAUUUGUCUGUUAUUUUUUAGAUCUUUUCGUAAGUGGUGGAAUAAUUUAUCAGCUGAUAAGCGUUUACAGCUCACAAAAUCAUUUCAUCUUCGGAAGGAAAGACUGACCAUAGUCGUCGGUGGUUUUGGUGGAUUAUGUAUUGCAUAUUACUUUUUCCAUCUAGAGGAGACACCAUUCACUCACAGGACUCGAUUUAUGCCAAUCUCUCAUCGACAAAUGGAGGAACUAACAAAUACAGAGUACAGGAAUACGUUAGAGUUAUUUGCAGACAAAAUAUUACCUGUGACCGAUCCCAACCACCUCAGAGUCUUAAGGGUUGCAAAAAGAUUGGUGAUGGCGAAUGGUAGUAAGGAGAUGGAACAUUUGUCCUGGCAAGUCAAUGUGGUGAAUUAUGAUGAUAUGAAUGCAUUUGUGUUGCCUGUAAGUCUUCCAAGGCUUUCCUCUUUUUUCUUUAACUAUUAAGCCUUUUACCCUCUGGAGUGACUAGCAUCUAAUUUCCCCUCUCAAUUUCACCUGUGAAUCACCCAUUAAGGUCAUGAGAAUAAUGAAAAUGAUCACCAACAAAGCUCUUGACUGUUAAACAAACUCUCCUUGACAACACCUUAAGAAAUGUACAGAGAACAGUAUGGAGAAUAUACCGGUACAUACUCACUGGUGUUAGGGUAUAAAGGGUUCAUGCAAUAAACAGUGCAAUGACCACAAACUCAAUAAAGAGAUGAAAGACGUGAAGUAAAUGCUGUACUUAAGUGAGUAACCUAAAUUUUCUACUUUACAGAAUGGUCAGAUUUUCAUGUUCACUGGAAUGUUGAAUAAGUUACCAAAUGAUGACUCACUGGCCACCAUUCUUGGUCAUGAGAUGUCCCAUGCUAUUUUACAACAUGGGGUAAAUAUUUUGACUUUUUCACUCCUAAUGUGUAAAUAUUAAUUCUCCAUACUAUCUGCCACACUUUUCCUGUAAUUUUAGCUGUGAGAAUUCAGUGUUAAAUGCAACUAUAUGCAAUAGUUUAAAAAAAAAUUCAUCUUUGACCUUUCUCCUUGAAAUGUUGUCAAAUUGUAAGGAGAAAUUACAUUUGGGUCACUCCAAAAAAAGUUAAGGUUAAUCAGGAUUAGUUGGUAAUGUAAGUUUUUCUAGGGGUAGGAUGGUGACAAAGAGAGAGAUAAGGAGAGAUUGCUCUUCUUUAUCCACCCCAAAAUUGCAAGGGAAUUAGUUCACUACCUCCUUUUAAUAGUUGUUUGUAGAAAUGAUAUUGUAACACAUCACCCAAAACUUUUAUCCUGAUGGGAGAUUUAUGUAAAGCCUUGUAUUGUUGCUGUAUUAUAAGUGCAGUGUUAAGAGAUGUUCCUAUGGAGCAAAGUUAAUUCUAACAUGAAAGCCUUUAACAGUUGAAUUUAAACUGUAAUGAUAAUCUUUGAUGAGAAUGUUGUGAAGAAGGUUGAAACCUUUUUUUUUUUCAUUGUACAUAUUGUGUUUGUUUUGUUUUGUUUUGUUUUUUUCUUUGCAGGCAGAGCAAGUCAGCCUAUGUGGGUUCAUUAACAUGUUUAUUGUCAUAGUUCUUGCAUUACUCUGGGCCCUCCUGCCAACAGAAACAGCUAUCUUUGCUCAUUGGUUUCAAAACAGAAUACUUAGUGUAAGUGCAAAUUUAUAACAAAAUUAUAAUGUUCUGGUCACACAUAACUAUAGUGUUAGUUACCAGUGGUAAUGUUGCCUUAAAUAAGAGUGAAUACAUAGCAGAUUAGUUGGCAGAAAAGUUUGGCAAGCAUUCAGUAUUCUAUUUGGAGAGAGGUUUUCAACUUUUUGAAAUAUUCCUCAGAUUUUUCUUCACCUUCCUUAUUCAAGAAGAUUAGAAGAAGAGGCAGAUGAGGUUGGAAUGAAAAUGGCAGCCAAGGUAAAAAUUUGAAUCUGUCACAGUUUAUUUAGAACUAAGCAAUUUGAUUGCAGGUUGUAACUGUCAAUGAGCAAGAUCAUGGCACUAUGCAAUAAUUGUGCAAUGAUUUGCACCAAAAAAAUUAAUAUAAUCAAAUAUGACUCCUUUGCUUCAUUUGCUACUGGACAUCAUUGUCAACCUUUAAACCCAGUUACCCUGUCACACAGCCUGUUGACCACUCAGUGGUAAUCUGGAGCAGUGAGCUAAAGGUAAUUUUUUUAUAGGUUCAUACCUGUGAGUAACAUAAGGAAAUUAAUUUUCCCUUACAUCAUCUUUCAGGUCCUAAUUUAUUUUCUCCAUUCCCAGGCGUGCUUUGAUGUUCAUGAAAGUCCCAGGUUUUGGCGACGAUUGGCAAUUACUCAAAAAGAAAUGGAUAAACCAGAGUUAAUAAAGUGGCUCUCCACUCAUCCAACUCAUAGUGACAGGGCAGACAAUCUAGAAGCUUUACUUCCACAGGUAAAAAAAAGCUAUGAAAAUUGUUUGGUUUAAGAUAUCCAACAGGUAUAAAGAAAUAACUUGUUGUCAUGAAUGUGUUGAUGGGGUGCUCCUAUAAAAGCUUUGACUGGUAAAGUGUAACCAUUAACAGCUUUGAACUUACUGUGGGAUGGGGUCAAUAUUAACAUACUGGUAAAUUUUAUCCUAUUAUAGGCAUUAAAGAUAAGAAGGAAUUGUAACUGCCCUCCCCUGCCAGGUAAUGUAUUGCUUGUUCUUUCAUGGAAAAGUUGCUUGCCCUUGUGUAGACAUACCCAUCAGCUAAUUGAGAUGUCAGUAAUGAUAAGUGAUUGUUUAAUGUUUGUUAAAGAUUCUUGAUAAUUUAUGUUUUAAAAUAAUCUUAGUUUAUUUUUAAAAGCCUUUUUUUUUAUUUAUUUUGUAAAUCCUUGUCUGCAGGGGAAGUGUCCUUCAUAACUCCAGAAGAUAAAAAUGACCAUGGAUUUUUACAACAGCAUUCUCUUCUUAGGAGGCCAUCUCCAUUGAUUGAAAGGAAUAAGUUCAUUACUAAGUAA